CUUUCAAAGUUUAAUUGAUCGACUCUAAUGCUUACAGAAAUCAUAACUAACCAGUGUUACACAUACGGUCUAUGCGAAUUGAGUCAAAUUGUAGCCGAUUGAUUAUCUUAUCGCCAAGUGUGGAUUGCAUGUUGGGAAACGAAUACAUUCGUCACCCCGGUCGUUACUCAUUAACUGGGUUUUUGGUGACGCUAUUACGGACCGGCUCUCACCGAAAAUCGAAGCAAAUCUCGGCCGAAUCCUUCAUCAAUAGAUAAAUAUGGUGAUAUUGGGGUGUUCGUUGUGCGACAGCUUGGCGGUCAAGUUGAAUGCGUUCGCAUAGUCCGUUGCUCAGGUGUUAUAAAAUUGUAAAUUUAGUUACUACUUGGCCACCGAAGUGUGCUUAUCGACUGCUUUGGCGCAAGAACUCUGUGCACUAGAUUACGGAAAUGUCUAUGAAAGCCAACAUCAUCGGAUGCCUGGCCGUGCUGGUGACACUGGGCGCCGCCCUCGAGGAACACCCACAUUUCUGCAUCAAGACGGAUCCCAUCCUUCUGUCAGAGAUCGAUCGACAUGUGGUCAUCCCCAGCGAGGAGGACCUGCAGUGCCACAUUAGGGCCACCACGUUGACACAAAACGAGAAGGCGAGCCUCGUGGACACCCUUUGUGCGGAUCACGGCUCCACAACAAUCAGGCGGGAUAACCACAGUUUUCUCCGGCUUCGCAACGGAGAACUAACUGGAAGGGGUGGUCAGGCGGAUGUGUGCGCCAACGGGGGUGAUUCGGUCCUGGCCUGGGUGCCCUACCAAACCGUGCUCCAGAACUAUGCGGCCGAGCUGAAUCCGAAGGAGCGGCUGACCUAUAUUGCCAAGGCCACGAACGUGGAGCGCGAGAAGACCGAGCUCUGUCACUUCCGGCACACGGAUCUUGUCAAUGCGGUGUCCGACAACCUCUUCACCUGCGUGGUUAUGAUUUUCGGCGAUAACUUUUAUGGUCUGGAGGAUAACAUCAACGUACUGGUGGAACUGGAGCCCUUGGCUUACCAGCUGAGGAACAUUACUUACCUGCCGUGGCGCAAUGUGACUAACAGCUACAAGAUGCACCUGGGCGAGAGUGUGCUCCGAAAUCCCAGCGGCGAACGGAAGCCCAUUUACGGUAGCCUGAACUAUGCCUUCGUGGAGAAGAUCCUGAUGAAUAUGUCCAGUGUGUACAAGAAUAAGAAGCUCUCCAGGCUGCCCCUGCUCUUCGAGCACCGUUCUUCUGUCCUCGAGUUGGACUCGUAUGGAAUGGGAGGCCUGGAUGUUGCAGAGAAAGCCUAUUUCGGACGAGCCAUGGACCCCAGGAGCGAGGUGAAGGUCCAGGUGAUUGGACAGUGGGUGGACCAGCAUCGGGAGUUCGACGCCGACAUAUACGAGUAUUAUGGGCAUGGGUUGAGACGGUUUAAGGAAACUUUGACCGGUGGCCAGCUCACCUUCAUCCGCAUAGACAACACGGAGCCAGUUUUCAUGGAUCCGGAAUCCAGCAAUCUGGCUAAGGCCUCACUUUUCCGAGAGCAGAAGGUUGGCCAAAUAAAGGAGGAUCCAUUGGGUAACUUCACCGAGUGGGAGAGCGCACAGGAAGAGGAUUUCGAUGAGGAUGGUCCAGGAUUCUACUGCUGGUUUGUGGUUACAUGCCUGCUUUUGGCCCUCGCUAUUAUCCUGGCCAUAUACAUUCUAGUAAGCGCCCAGAACAGGAGAAACAAGAAGCGCCAUAUGUACGAAGUGGCCAACACAAAUGUGCCUCCACCCGCCUAAAAAUUAUGAACAUUAGCCUUAAGUUUUUUGAAUCCGAAAAUAACACCAGGAUCAACAGGUGUUUUUAGUUUGAAAUGUCAGUUUAAAAAACGAGUUGGCAGCUCAAUUGCUAUGUCCUCGAAUUAAAAUUUGUGUUUUCGUUUUUUGUUUAGUUGUAUUAAAUAUUUCGGCUGUAAAAUGUUAAAGUGAGU